GAGAGAGAGAGAGAGAGAGAGAGAGAGAGAGAGAGUAUAAUGCUGAUGCAAAUGCAGGGCCCUGUGAUGGGUGGAAGAGGAGGAUGGACGGUGGUGAUCGUGAUGAUGAUGAUGAUGAUGAUGAUGAUGAUGACUUGCACGGUGGGAAGUCUGGUGAAAGUGGGAGGAGCAAAUGGGUGGAAUCAGAACGUUAAUUACACUCAAUGGUCCGCUCAUCAACAUGUCUACGUCGGCGAUUGGCUCUACUUUGUGUUCGACAAAAGGUAUUACAAUGUUCUGGAGGUGAACAAGACGAGUUACGAGAAGUGCAAUGACAAAGGGUUCAUCACCAACAUCACUCGUGGUGGACGAGACGUGUAUGAAGUGAAAGAGGCAAGGCCAUAUUACUUCCUGUCGAGUGGAGGCUACUGCUACCAUGGAAUGAGAGUGUGCGUGAUGGUCCAGCAACUCCCACCCCCUCCAGCAUCAGCUCCUGCCCAAAACGCUGCUUCUUAUCAUAUAUUAAUGGCGGCCAAUGUGUUUUCACCAAUCUUUCUGCUUUCCAUGGCUUUGGUGUGGGCUACCUCUUGCUCUCUUUGAUAAAGAUGCUUUAUUUUGGAGUUGGAGGGUUUUGAGACAUCCGUACCAAUAAAUCAAAAAAAAAAAAAAAAAAAAAA